UGGUUGACCUGCUGUUGCUCAUUUGACCUGCAGCUUUCAGUGACCUGAGUUUAUGGACAGGCUGAUCAAUAGAGAACAGCACCUCGAAAUUCCCUUUCGGUCUUCAACAACAGCAAACAUGACAACUGCCACAAGACUUUUGGAUGAGCUGUGUCACUUAACGGUUCAGUCUCUAGAAUCACUGGAGCCCUCAGAUCACUUCCAAGUUAUUAAACUUCUUGGAGAGGGUUCAUACGGCAAAGUUAUGUUAGCAGUGCACAAGAAGAAAGGAACCCCAAUGGCCCUUAAAUUCUUUCUGCGAGAAUCCACAUCUCUCCUGUCAUUUCUGAGGGAAUAUAACCUGUCUUUGGCCUUUUGCACCCACCCCUCACUUACCUCAGCCUUGGGCAUUGCUUUCUCCACUCCUACUCACUACGUGUUCGCCCAGCAACCUUGCCUCUACGGCGACCUCUAUGAUGUCAUCGUUCCUGAGGUUGGUCUGGAAGAGAGCCAUGUCCAGGGAGUGGCUUCCCAGAUCAGCGGUGCCCUCUCUCACCUUCAUUCCCUUGGCUUUGUCCAUCGUGAUGUCAAACCGGAAAACAUCUUCCUAUGUGACAGUGUCUGCCGUUGGGUCAAGCUCGGUGAUUUUGGCAUGGUUAAGGCUGCAGGGACCAGGGUACCAUGCGUGUGGUACAGUUCUCCUUACUGCACUCCUGAGGCUGAGAUUGCAAGGAAGGGGGAGGAGAUUAAUUUGGGCAACUCAGAGGUGGAUGACAAUGGGAACAAGCCAAAAGGGGACUCUGGAAAGACUCAAAGGAUGUUGGUAUAUGUGGAUCCCAGUACAGACAGCUGGGCAUUAGGCAUUCUAAUCUACGCCAUGCUUAUGGGGAGCCUUCCGUGGUCUGAGACUGUUUCAGACAACACAGCAUAUAAAAGCUAUCUACAGUGGAGCAAUUGGGAAGGUUCAGCAUUACAAGAGAGAGAGUCAAAUCAAACUGAGGACUUCCACCAUGUGGCAACCCAGUUUGCAGCAUUCACCCCUCUUGCGACAUGUCUUCUUAAGUCCCUACUCUAUCCACAGCCCAGGCUUCGUGGCAGGCCAGAUGAGGUGGGAAGGUACCUGGGAGGAGCCUGGCUAUCGGACAAGGAUGUCAGUUGAUGAUGCAAAGGAUGGACAGGACUGAGGUUGUUGUC